AUGAAUCUAAUUUGUCGUCAAUCGCUACGUCAUUACAAAAAAGAAAAAUUUAUUCAAUCAAACAUAACUAUUAUGAACGCAUUAUUGCCACCAGAUGAAGUACGAGGUAUGACAGUUUUUAAAAUUGAUAAAUUCACAAAACCUGUAACUGUUCCUGUUAUAGUAAUAAAUAAAAAUUACGUCGAAAGUGCUAAUAAAGUAUUAAAAAACUAUAUUAUUAAACUAAACAACUUCAAGCCAAUUCGUAGUGGCUCUAAUGAUUCUGAAUGUGUUUUUUAUCUUGAUCCAGCCAAAUUUUCUUCGUGUGAAGAUCUUAAUUUAACCUUUGUUUCUGCUGAAAAUUUGAAAUAUGUACAGAUUGAGGUAGGUUAUAAUAAUUGGAACCACGAUGAAAUACUCAAAGCUGUUCUCCCUGAAAAAUCCAUGUUAUCAAGUUAUUCAGCAAUCGGAUCAAUUGUACAUGUGAAUCUCAAACCAGAAUUGUUGGAUUAUAAGGAUAUUAUUGGACGAGUACUUAAUGACAAACUUAAGGGGUGUAAAAGUGUUGUGAACAAAAUUGAUAAUAUAAAUAAUGUAUAUAGAAACUUCGAAUAUGAAAUUAUUUAUGGUUCAUCUGAUUUAAAAACCACAGUUAAAGAAAAUAAAUGCUUAUUUGACUUAGAUUUUUCAGAAGUUUAUUGGAAUCCAAGAUUAUGCACCGAACAUGAACGUAUUUUACAUAAACUUAAAUCAGGUGAUGUUUUGUAUGAUGUGUUUGCCGGAAUAGGACCAUUUUCUAUACCGGCUGCAAAAUUGGGGUGUAUAGUUUUAGCUAAUGAUUUGAAUCCUAAUAGUUGUAAAUGGUUAGAAAUAAAUAAAAAAAAGAAUCGCAUUAAAGAUGAACUUUUAACAAUCAUCAAUAAAGAUGGAAGUAAAUUUAUUCAAGAAGAUUUGAGGACCCAUUACAUUUUGUGGUCAAAGAAAAUCACUUCAGAAACUAAUGUACACGUGACAAUGAAUUUACCAGCAAUUGCUGUUGAUUUUGUUAAAUAUUUUAAUAAUUUAUUAGAAUGGGAAGAAAUAUCUGAUCAUUCUUUACCAAUUUUACAUGUUUAUACGUUUGUAAAAACUGAUAACAAUUAUGAAGAAGGCUUAAAAUCAAUAAUGGAAGAAUACUUUAGUAAUAUCAAGGAUGAUGACAUCCAAGAAAUUAUAAGAGUCAGAAAUGUAGCACCCAAUAAGGAAAUGGUUCGAAUUACAUUUCAAAUGAGGAAAGACAUAUUGUGUAAAUCUGAAAGUAUUAAAAAAAGAAAAUUAAAUGAAAUUAAAAUUGAACAUGAUGUCAAAAAGAGCAAAGAUGAUUCAUAAUAUUUGUAAUUUUUAUACUAAAUAUUUAAUAAUAUCUAUAAUUAAUAAUAAAAUAUAAUUUUUUAUUAAGUAAUAAUAUUGUUGUAUUUUUUUAACUCAUAUUUUAUAAUCAUGCUUAUUUUAUUUUACUUUAUUUUUAUGAAGUUCUAAGUGCCAAAGCAGGUUAUUUUUGCCUUUAAUUAAUAGGUAUCUAGUUUGAAUAUACGUGUAAUUGGUGAUAAUUAUUCAUGUGUUAAUGUUAAAAAAAUAUUAUAAAAGAAAAUAUCAGUGGAAUUUUUUUAAUUAUUUCUUUUACAAUUUAAUAUGUCUAAAACAGUCCUAUGUUUACAGUAGUGUUACCAAAAAUUAGAUUUGUAUUUUUUUAUUUGUCAUUAUUCAUUGUAAUUAUUAUUUUUCAUGAACUUUUAUGAACUUUCAUGAAUUUUUCAGGAUUUAGAAUUUAAAGCCCAUACAACUAUCAAAAUAGGUGCUUCAAAAAUAACUUAAAUCUUCAUUACAAGUAGUUAAAAAAAUUAAAAUAAGCAAUAAUUUACAUCCACCCCACCCCCCUCAAACAUCAACAAAUAAAAAAAAUAGGGUCAUCCCACAAAAUCAUGUUUUUCCUGUUAUUUUAUAAAAUCCUAGACAUUUGUAUCUGUAUUGAUAAUACUUUUCUAUGACUACAAAAACCAAUUAGCUACCAAUUAGCUCUCAAAUUAGAGAAAAAGAAAAAUUUGUAAAAAGUAUUUUAAAACAUUAAUUAUUUAAAAUUAAGCUCUUAACACGUUUAUUACGGUGACACCAAAUGGCGUAAUUUAACAUCGUUCACAUAUGCUGAUAGACAUCAAUUAGCGUCAUAUAAUUUGUUAUUAAAUGCACUAUAAUUUGGUCAGCAUUACAAUAUUAAACUAUUAGUUUUUGUUAGUGUCUUCUAUAAGUAUUAACUAUAGGAGAUCUAAACAUAAAUUGAAUAGUUUGAUUGUAUUUGUAAGUCGUAAACUAAUAUUUUAAUUUUUCAAUUUUUAAAAAAAAUCCGAUUUUUUCAGUGUUUUGAUAAGCAUACUUAAAUAAUUUGAUACACAACAAACGUGUUGAGUAAAAAUUAGCACUUUUAAAUUUCAUAUUUGAAAUUAUAGUAAGAUUACAUACAUCUUCAUAACACCGCUAGAUUUUAUGUCAAUCCAAAAGAAAUAAGCUAAUGCCUAAGUCCCAAACUGAAUAAAAUUAAUACUAAUUUUUGAGUCAAAGAGAGGUACUAACCAUUAAUUUCAAUUUUAAUUCAAAAUAUUUAACGUUCAUAGUUAUGAUUAGAUAUUAAAUUAUGUAAUUAAAUAUUUUUUUUUGUACUUUUUGAAUUAACAAAAUAAUUUA